AUGUCGUCGUCCACCGUUGAACUCGUCGCCAACCCCUCCCCCGAUGUGAGCACGCACCGGUGGAGCGUCGCCGGCCUGAGCCGCCUCGACCGCAGGAACAAGAUGAGCUCGCUGCCCUUCUGGGUGCCCAACCACGUGAUGAGGAAGCACCAGUUCCGCCUCAUAUUCCUACGCGGUAUGGUGACGAAAGGGCAGGCGGAGGGCGAUGCCAUUGGGCUCGUGGUCGAGCUUAUUCCGCCGCCGGUCGGCGCCGAGGUGGAGUACCCUGGCGGCUGCGCCAUCACCGCGGGGGUGGUGAACCGCGUGCACGAGGACCGCCUGCACGACGUCACGCAGACGGAGACCGUGACGCUGGAGCCUGCCUGCCUGCAGGUGGUCUUCCCGGAGCUCAUCUCCCCCGCCAUCCUGCAGAACCCCGAGUUCGCUGAGGGCGAGGAACCGCUGCUGCUGGUGGAGGUGACGAUACAGACGGGCGUGAAUGUCUCGGUAGAGCGGGUCAACAAGACGGUCUCGUCGGUGUGGGCGACGGUGUCAAGCUCGAUCAGCCGCGCGGUGCAGAAGGCUUCGCAGCUCUACAUCGAGAAACGCGAGGAGUUCACCACGCGCGAGGCGGAGGCGGCGGUGGCGGAGCCGCGGGCUGUGCCGUGGGAGACGGUGCCGGAGAUCUGGGCAGACCGCGCCGAGGCGUGGCGCCACCUCAUUGCGGAGCUCAUCGUGGAGAACGAGGGGACGUUCCGCUACGGGCCCAGCAGGGGCUUGUCCAAGGAUGAGCAGGCACUGCUGCUGCAGUGUGGGCUUAGCCAGCGGCUCAUCAUCAAUGCGCACUCGCAAUUCGACUACGACCGCGACGUGCACGAGGGGCUGCUGACGCUUCCGGCGCUGCGGCAGCAACGCUACCACUUGGUCCCCGGCAAGAUGAAGGAUGAGGUUUUCUGGGCCAACUACUUCUGGAAGGUGGCGGCGCUGAGCCUGUGUAAGAACGACGAGCAGGUGCGGCUUCUUCUCACUGUCCUGAACGCGCCCCCAGCGGUGAAGCCGCGCGAUACGUCGUCCCUUCGCACCGUGUGCGAGGAGACCGUCCUUGAGCGUGUCCGGGAUGCACAGGAGGCGGCAGACAUGCUUAUUGAGUACCUGACGGAUGACACAGAAGACGGUGACAUGUUGCUGGAGGCAGCGGGUGCGGCGUGCGAGGGUCACGCGAAGCAGUUGAAGGGUUACUUUGUGCGCGGAGACUUGUCGGAGGAGACACUGAAGAUAAUAGGCGUCGUGUUGAAGCGACUGCAGGAACGCCUCGCGGAGUACCACAAACGAAGGCCAAAAGCCCACGAGCCACUAGAGGAAGAAGAGUACGAUAGUAGUCUCACAGACAGUGCGACGGCGGUGGUGGCGGCGUCCAGUGCGGUGCCAAUCGAGGAGGAUGCGUUGAUUUCUGGUGACGCUCCCGAGUCAUGUACGAAGGAAACAAAAGUUGAAGCCGCAGUUGCCGCUACUAUGGGUACGGCUACCGCACAGGCUUCAGCAACAAAUCAACAGGAUCCGCAGCAGCAAGAGGAAGAAGAAGUGGAGGAAACUGUAAAGAAGGAGGGCUCUGAGACUCGUGAAACUUCGGCGGCCCCCGCGAAAGGCUCCGUCGAUGCGGCGGAUAGGAAACCGAGCUUCCCGUUGAUGCCAUGGGAAGAGGAAGAUGAGGAAGAAGAAGAAGACAACAAGGAAGAAACGGGAAGUAACAACAAGUGA